UGCGCAUUACUCCUGCUAGAGAAGACGGUGCACAUCGGUGAAAUAUGCUUGGAAAGACUUCUCUGCAAGGUACUCUAAUCCCAGUCUUUGUAGUUCUCAUUUUUGGGGGGUCUAAGAGAGGAGAGGCUUGUGAUUCAUCGAGAUGCUGUUGCGUCGACAGUGCCACUGUCACGCAGUCAGGAAACGUUCUCACCAUACAAGUCCGAGUUUCCGGUUCAUGCUCCGGUUCCACAACACUCUCGACAACAUGUAAUACUUUCGGCAACUCUCUGUGUUUUGACGAUUUCCUCAACCCUUCUAUGGGUGUCUAUAAAAGCGGCAAAAUUGCAUACUAUGGCCUAGAUUUCGACAGCGACAUCUGUGACGCACGAUUGAAAUGUCAAUCUGGAUCGUGUGCGACUUCUUCUGCAGGUUGGGCGGGAGAGUACACCAAAACUACCGAUACUGCAACGUUUCGUUGUGAUCCAAAGCUGUGCUGUUGUGCAACAUCAGCCGUUGCGUCUGCCAAUGCUUCCGGUGUCACGCUAGCCAUCACUCCCCUAGCCAGCGCAACCGGAUGUCCAAACAAAGGCCGAAGUUUCAACGAAAACUGCUUGGUCCUAGGUGAUCUGUACAUGGCCUGUGGCGAUAUCGCCGACUCCGGCAAUAUUGGCAGUAGCUUUCUGAUAAAGAAAAAAAGUGUUAGCGACUCUACCAACUAUGUCUUCGAAAGCAAUGACGCUUGCAACGCAGUGUUUGACUGCACGAGCAGCGACUGCACGAGCGGAGGAGACUUUGUCGGACAAUAUCAAGUCGAUAGUACCGGUGGAGCCGCACAGAGCUCUAGCGCCAUGUCUAAGUUCGUGAUCACAGCGGGACUUUUUCUGUCUACUGUUUGGCUGCCCUAUUAGCUAAAACACUUACUCGUGAACCUGGAGUUGCUUGUAGCAUGGUACCAGAUCAGUGCUCUGCGUUAGUCGUAAGUGAUUUCGAUGUUAGCAGCAAUGAUACAGUACUAGUGCUUGCGUUUGUUUGAAACACUGUCACAUUUUUGCAAUAGCACAUAGCUGGAGCGCUUACGGAUAUGUAGUUGCUAAAGUUGUUGCAGUGCAGAUUGAUAAAUUUGUCUUUA